AUAUCUCUCUACUCUUCAGAGAAGUCGGUCCACCAUUCCAACAUUUUCAAUUUUUUUUUUUGUUCCUCUUUUCUCUCAUUUCAUUCCCAAUUAUUAUUUACUUUUUUCCUUUUUUUUUAAACAUGCAUUCAGUUCCGGUGAUCCUCACCCUCACCGUACUUACGGUACUCUUAACAUCACCGGCGCAAGUUAUCGGAUACCGUCCAUACCCACCUAAAACCAACGGCUCCGAUCAAAUCUUCGCCUCUUCUAAAAAAUUCGAAGGCUCUUCCAACCUCGUCCGCCUCCGUUACCACAUGGGUCCUGUCCUAACCAACAACAUCACCGUCCACCCAAUCUGGUACGGCACGUGGCAAAAAUCCCAGAAAAAAAUCAUCCGCGAGUUCAUCAACUCUAUCUCAGCCGUUGGAUCUAAACACCCUUCCGUCUCCGGUUGGUGGAAAACCGUACAGCUCUACACUGACCAAACCGGAUCUAACAUUACCGGUACGGUUCGUCUCGGCGAAGAAAAAAACGACCGGUUUUAUUCUCACGGCAAAUCGCUAACCCGGUUAUCGAUUCAGUCCGUCAUCAAAUCCGCCGUCGGUUCUAGAUCCCGCCCCUUACCGGUUAAUCCCAAAAGCGGUUUGUAUCUCCUCCUAACCGCCGAUGACGUCUACGUCCAAGAUUUUUGCGGCCAGGUCUGUGGGUUUCACUACUUCACGUUCCCGUCGAUCGUCGGAUACACGUUGCCGUACGCUUGGGUUGGGAACUCGGCGAAGUUUUGUCCCGGGGUUUGUGCUUAUCCGUUCGCCGUACCGGAGUACAUACCGGGAUUAAAACCGGUUAAAUCGCCGAACGGUGAUGUGGGAGUAGAUGGGAUGAUAAGUGUGAUAGCUCACGAGAUAGCUGAGCUGGCGACGAACCCGUUGGUUAACGCUUGGUACGCAGGAGCAGACCCGGUGGCUCCGGUAGAGAUAGCGGAUCUUUGUGAGGGUAUUUAUGGAACCGGAGGUGGUGGUUCGUACACGGGACAGAUGUUGAACGAUCACAGUGGUGCCACGUAUAAUGUAAAUGGGAUCCGACGGCGGUAUUUGAUCCAGUGGUUAUGGAGCCACGUGGUUAGUUACUGUAUCGGACCCAAUAAGCUUGAUUAGUAGCGAGUGAAAUGGUUUGGUUUUGUGAUUUAAAUUCGUAAUUUUCAAAUUUGGGAUGGAGCAAUGUUGGAGAAGAAUGAAUGAAGUGAUCAAGAAUGGGGUUUGUGAGUCGAUGGCAUAAUUAAGAUUAGUUAAAAUGAUAGCGUUUAUUUAAGUUUCUUGAUUAUGUUGCUUUACCUUUUCAUCUUCUUGUUGAAACAAAGCCAAUCUUAAUGCGAAAUAUAUUUAAAGGCUUAAUACAGUA